AUGGUGGAAGAAGGGUUUGUUUCUGUUAAUGCAAAUCAGAACAAUUUAAACUCGCCAUUACCACCACCAAUGCUGUUACCACUAGUUAUAUCAACAAUUGUUUCGUCGCAAACUUCACCAUUUUUCCUACCGCCAUUAAAUGUCAAUAACCCUAAUCGGAUUCCAUCAUUUUACGCAAUUUCACAACUAAAUGGUGAACAAAUAUCACCUACAUCACCAAUUGGUACAUCACCAAUUGGUCCAUCAUCUUCAUCAUCAAUAAUUACUAGAGUUGCAGCAGCAAAAGCAAAUUUUAAUUCAUCUAGCAAUGGUAUUAUUAUCAAUUUACCAGAUAGUCCUAAUGGGCUUACACUUUCAGAUGCUUUAAUGAUUGAAAAAAGAAAAGUCACACCAGAAAGGAAAAAAUCGUUGAUAUCUGCUGAGAGAAGAAUGACACUCAGAGGAUGGUCGUUUAAUAGGAAUAGAAGUUCAACUAAUUAA